AUGAUCCUGACCGAUGCGGCGUUUGAAACGGAGUCAGGAACUGGAGGCCUGGGGGGCGUCCUUCUCACCGGGUCAGGCUCGGCACUCUCUUUCUUCAGCGUGCCGAUCUCAGAGCAGCAAGCUAAGUCUACGUCGUUGCAAGAUGAGCAUACCAUCAUAUACGAGCUCGAAAUGUUCGGGGUCUUGAUCGGUCUCAAGCUCUUGGUCGAAAAGACAGCUGCUUUCGCAGAAUCAUACGAACAGCCAGGUGCUGUGGCUGGAACGGGAGUGAUUUGUUAUAUCGAUAAUGAUGCUGCGAGACAUGCGUACGUCGCCGGCUCUUCGAAGAAAGGGGUUGCUGGGAUUCUUAUCGAUGAGGUCAAUUUCCUUGAGUAUGUCCACGGAUUCAAGGACGAGUCGGUCGAGGCGACCAAAGUGGUGUUAUCGAUUGUGAAGAGAGUUUCGUUGGCGACAGUGUCCGGCAAGCCACCCAGAGCGGCAGCACGGUCCCGUGGAAGGGACCACGUGGAGGAGUCUCGGAGACGCAAGAAGGCAGACAAGGAAGCCACCGGCGUUGAGGAGGCAGCCCGGAAGAAGGAGGCCGAGCCCGCACGGCCCGAGCACAUUGCCGAGGUUGUUCACCGCCUUGAUCGGAACACUGACAAGCAGGAUGUGGAGUUUGCGACCAAGGAGCCGGAGGCCCUUGACCAGGCCGAGAUCGACGAGAUCACCCACCUCCAGGCCAUGAAUGUGCUUGUGGAGCCGGUGGGGGCCGAGGAGGCAGAACACCUUAGCAGCAUGGUGCAAUACCGCUGGGCUACCGACAUGCUGGAAGAAAACACUUUCAGCCCGGCGAGUGUGAACACGCUCGCCCGCUUAGUCCCCCUGCUUUCGCACAAAUGGGGCACUCUGAUCUACGUCAUGGACGUGAAAGACGACAGCGUCGUGGUACCACCAGCUGGCAAGCGACCUUGUGGAGGCCAGGUUGGAGUCCCUGCCUCGGGCAAGGUCGACGUCGACGACAUGAUGGCCACUGGCGACGAGUUCGAGUUCCUCAAGCGCCGCUAUGUUAUCCAGCCCCGCUGCGCCUUUACCUUGACCUGUAGCGAUCUUGCCGAGCGCCCCAAGGAGCGACAGACGCCAGGACUGAGCGGCCAGGACGACAUGUUCGCCGUGGACACCACCAAGCUUCCAGCAGCCGAGGCCACCAAGUUCCGGACCAUGCUCUAUGUGAGCAAUGAGCGGCCCGACGCGCAGGCCGUCAUCCAGAGCCUCUCUUCCAGAGCGGCUCGGCCGACAGAGCGAGCCAUGAAGCUGAUGAAGCACCUUGUGGGCUACCUGUGGAAGACGCAGGGCUAUGGUGUGAAUCUCCGGUUGGCCCCAGAAAAGUCGGUGAUGCGGCUGGCACGGGGCAAGCUGCUACUCCGACUCCAGCUUCUUCAGCGACCGGGAGAGACCUGCAAAAGCCUUAGCAGCGGCCAAGUCUACCUCGACCAAACCCUCAUGUACAGCUUCGUUCGCGGCCAGAAGGUGGUGACCUUGAGCUCGGGAGAAGCCGAGCUGGUGGCAACCAGCGAAGCCAUCCUCAUCCACAAGGCUUGGCAAUGGAGCAUGCGCGAGGACGCCGAGCUGGUGAUGAGGAGCGACUCUUUGGUCGCCAGGGCGAUAGCAAGCCGACUUGGAGUCGGGAGAGUUCGCCACUUGCAGACCACAGCUGCUUGUGGAUACAGCAGUGGGUGGCCAGCAAGCUUCUACGGGUCGCCGCGGUGCCGACCCAGUUCAACCCAAGUGACUUCGAAGAGCUUGCAGCAACGGCGCCUACGGUUGCUAUGCUUCUUGGCGGGUGUGGUGGACGACAAUGGCGAGCCGAUCGGGCAAGCCGAGCAUGCUGAAGCCAUGGGCCACGAGGCAAUGGCCGCCAUAACGAUGCAAGGGUGCACGGCCAACGGCACGGACACGACCGAGACCCUCGAGGCGAUCCUGUUCUACAUGGUGGAGACCUUCUACGCGAACCCCAUGGUGAUGGUGCUGCUGGUGGUGAUCUACAUGUUGGUCACCAGCCGGUGGAGUUUCACGCUGACGGCAGCUACUUCGGAAACCCUGACCUACGAGGACCUGUUCGAGAACGGUGGGACACCAGGGCUUGAGCCGGCUACGGGGUCCUACCAGGAGGCCACGGCGAGCGCGGCGGCCAGUUGCUCGACCUCGGUUAUCGGAUCCUUGGCUACCCGAGCGCAGCAGAGGCUAACACUGGCUGAGCAGCGUAGGGGUUUCUUAGAGUGUGCUCUCGAACACCUGAGUGACCGAGAGCUUGAAGAGACGGUGUGGACCACUACCUCCGGCUGCGCCUACCACAGGAGGACGUGCGGAAACAUCCGCAACUCGUCCAAAGUUGGUUCCCGGGUGGCCAGGGAAGCCAUCAGGUUGGGAAAAGCUGCAUGCAACCAGUGCUACGCCGACCACUUUUGCCCGACGGUGCGAAAGCGCUUUCCAGGCCAGGGUUUGUGA